ACAUUUAUCAUUUUUCUGUCAUGAUGAUUGAUGGACUAAGGUUCAGUCUGAUCAGGAGAGUUUUCAGUCUCUAACCAUCAGGACGUCUGAAUGACACCGAGUAACAACGUUGUUUAUCAUCGUGACUGACGCGUGAAUCAAUUAGUGCAAAGAUAAUCGAUAAAGUCUAUUGAUUCGUCUCCACUUUGACAAGCUAGAUCUGUGCUCUAGAUAUAGACGCUUCAAGUAAAACUAACAGGUUGACCUUUUGGGCCUGAGGUCACUUAACAUCCGACGGGUGGCGUCAGACGCGUGAACAGAUUAAAUAUUCUCAACCAGGAUAUUGUAAUUACACAGGAUCCAAGUUAUGGCUCAGAUGGAUUCAAAAAUCACAACAAUCACAAUUAAUACAUCUUGUGUAUUAAUACAUCUUGUUGAUGAAGUCUAACAAGUGACGAAGAGACAGAAAAACGAGAACAUUGCGACGGAAACACAAAAAAACUGAAACAUAAAACCACUUCAGAGACACAAACGCCACAGCUGAGAUGCAACAUGAUGAAAACGAGGAGGUCAAACAAAAACAAAAAAAGGAUAUUUAUCGUAAUCGAAUCGAAUCGUGAGACCAGUGAAGAUUCACACCCCAAGUUUCAACCCUGUAAGGAAACAAGUCGUGUGCUGAAACCAUCAAACCUCUGAUGACGACAGCAAGUUGUGUGAUCGUGUAGUGUGUCUGAGACCAAAGGGUUAAAUAGAUCAGAGCUGCACAUCAUGAGUCAGUGUUUCAGGCUCCUCCCUCUCCUCACUCACCUGAGACAAACCAGGAAACUGUUGUUCACUGAAGAGACACAGGCUGAACCACAGACGAUCAGGUUCACUGACAUCGUCCUCUGAGUGAGACCAGCUCCUGGAGAGGAAAGUGGAGAACUUCACCUCUGCUGCCUCCACCUGCCGACGCUCCACAUAACCAACCUUCACUCAGACUAAAUGGCUUCCAGAUCAGAGGAGGAUCUCUGCUGUCCGGUCUGUCAAGAUGUCUUCAGAGAUCCUGUUCUUCUGUCAUGUAGCCACAGCUUCUGUAAAGACUGUGUGAAGAGCUGGUGGAGAGAGAGACCACAACAAGAGUGUCCAGUUUGUGAGAGAAGGUCUUCAAGAGAUGAACCACCUUGUAACCUGGUGUUGAAGAACCUGUGUGAGGACUUCUUACAGGAGAGAGGUCAGAGGUCUUCACAGGCUCUCUGCAGUCUGCACUCUGAGAAACUCUCCCUCUUCUGUCUGGACCAUCAGCAGCUGGUGUGUCUCGUCUGCAGAGAUUCAGAAAAACACACCGACCACAGGUUCAGACCCAUCGAUGAAGCUGCUCGACAACACAAGAAGGAGCUUCAGGAAACUCUGGAGCCCUUAAAGGAGAAGUUAAAGGUUUCUGAACUUGUUAAAGUGAAGUUUGACCAAACAGCAGAACACAUUAAGGUCCAGGCCCGACGCACAGAGAAGCAGAUUCAGGAGCAGUUUAAGAAACUUCACCAGUUUCUACAAGAGGAAGAGGAGGCCAGGAUGACUGCACUGAGGGAGGAAGAGGAGCAGAAGAGUCAGGUGAUGGAGGAGAAGAUGGAGGCUCUGAGCAGAGAGACAGCAUCUCUUUCAGACACAGUCAGAGUCACAGAGGACGAGCUGAGAGCCGAAGACGUCUCGUUCCUGCUCAACUUCAAGGCUGCAGUGGAGAGAGUCCAGCAGCGCCCCCUGCUGGAGGAUCCACAGAUGCCCUCAGGAGCUCUGAUAGACGAGGCCAAACACCUGGGCAACCUGACCUUCAACAUCUGGAACAAGAUGAAGGACAUGGUCUCCUACAGUCCUGUGGUUCUGGACCCAAACACUGCUCAUCCAGGACUCAUCCUGUCUGAAGACCUGACCAGUGUGAGUCUGGGAGACGAACAGAAGCAUCCUGACAAUCCAGAGAGGUUUGAUCGUUACUGGUCUGUCCUGGGCUCUGAGGGUUUCAACUCAGGGACUCACAGCUGGGACGUCCAGGUCGGAGACAACACACGCUGGGGACUGGGUGUGAGAGCAGAGUCUGUCCAGGUGAAGGGAGUCAUACAGUCUGGAUCAUGGGGAAUAUGGUUCUAUAAAGGUAAAUACUUUGCACGGUCACCAUCAGAUCCAGCCUCUGUUCUCACAGAGCAGAAGAAGAUCCAGAGGAUCAGAGUGAAUCUGGAUUGGAACAAAGGAAAACUGUCGUUCUCUGAUCCUGAUACUAACACACACAUACACACCUUCACACACACUUUCACUGAGAAGAUGUUUCCACUCAUUAACACUGGGGGUCACAUGAAGCUGUUACCAGAGAAGGUCUCUGUGACCGUGAGACAGAACAGUUAGAGAUGCCAGCUGUUGUGUUCAAGGUGGUGGAUUCUGAAACAGGAAGAUGUGAAAACAUCAACACAGAUCACAGUCGUGUGUUUGUGAGAGAGUUCAAAUCUCUGGCAGCAGAAACAUGGACUCAGCAGCUUCUUUGUGUUUCUGUUUAUUGGCUGAAGUCAAGUAUCAGGUCCGUGUUUAAUUAACCUCGAGGCUUCUGUAAUCAUUUCUGUGCUGGUUUGGUCUUUUUCAGCCACGUCUGCCUCGUGUUACCUUCUGAAAUGGCUCAUCGAUGUUCCACAGUUGAUUUAUAGAACGAUGUAAUCUAUGGAUAAUACUCAUAAAGAAAUUGAAAUGGCAUUUAACAGCCGGGAAUGUAAUCCCUCUUUACGGUGUCUGUAAUCUGUGAUGACUAAUCCAGUAAUAUUUCUACAUAUAGAUUCAUGACAUCAUGGAUUAACAUUUUUAAUUGGUAAUUGUCAUUUUACUCAAUUUACUUACUCUUGCUACUAACUUUUUGCUUUCAAAGUCGUCAUUAUGAAGGUCAUUAUUGAUGAUUAAAAAAUAUAUAAUGACAAUAA